CCAUCCUCCUCCCCAACUACAACAAUGGCCGAGGCUAUCAAGCAGGUGUUCGCGACCAAGAAGGAGCAGGAUCAGGCGUGAGUGUAUUAAGAGCGCAAGGCCGUGUUUUUUUGUCCAAGCGUGUUCCUUGCUGCUCCCCGCUGGUGACUCUCCUUCAGCAUUGUCUCAGCCGUGGUUGGCUUGCGGCAACGGCCACAUGUCGAAGCAUGUCGCCGAUGGCUGCAACUACGUUAACUUUGCUUGUCUACACGUCUAUUCCGCAGCCUCCGCAGCCCUCCGCAGUCUUCAUCUGACUCCAGGGCGUUUGUCACCUUCCUCACAGCGGGAUUCCCUACCGCCGAUGCGACGGUCCCUCUCAUGCUCGCGAUGGAGAAGGGCGGCGCCGACAUUAUUGAGCUCGGCGUCCCCUUCUCGGAUCCGUCGGCUGACGGGCCCGUGAUCCAGGAGGCCAAUACUAUCGCCAUCCAGAACGGCGUCGACUACCGCAAGUGUCUGGAGUACGUCCGUGAGGCGCGCUCCAAGGGGCUCAAGGCUCCCGUCAUCUUUAUGGGCUAUUACAACUCGUUCCUCGCGUACGGCGAGGAGAAGGCCGUCCAGGACGCCAAAGACGCCGGCGCCAACGGUUACAUCGUUGUUGACCUUCCGCCCGAGGAGGCUAUGCAGUUCCGCAACGUCUGCAAAGACACGGGUAUGUCGUACGUCCCUCUCGUCGCACCCUCGACCACCAUCGACCGCGUCAAGUUCCUCGCGACCAUUGCGGACUCGUUCAUCUACGUCGUCUCGAAGAUGGGCACCACCGGAUCUUCGUCGGGCAGCAAGAUCAACGUCGCACUUCCUGACCUCCUGCAGCGCAUCAGAAACUUCACCCCUGUGCCCCUCGCCGUCGGCUUCGGCGUCGACAACCGUACGCACUUUGAAUUCAUCGCCGCUGCGGGUGCGGACGCCGUUGUUGUUGGCUCCAAGGUCAUCAAGGUCGUCCGUGAGGCCCCUCAGGGCCAGUCCGAGUCGGCGCUCGAGGCGUACUGCCGCAGCAUGACCCUCAAGGGCGAGCCUGCCGUGACGCGCGCCAGCCUCAACAGCAGGAAGUCGGAGGGCAAGCCCGAACCCGCGCUCCCCAUCCCGCCCUCGACCGAGGACGGCAAGAGCGAGUUCUCAGUUCAGGCUGGCGAGAGGCUUCCGUCCAAGUUCGGGCCGUUUGGCGGCGCGUUCGUCCCAGAGGCCCUUGUCACUUGUUUGAACGAGCUUGAGGACGAGUACAUCCGUGCGAGUAAGGAUCCCAAGUUUUGGCAGGAGUACGAAGACAUGUUUGAGUACAUUGGUCGCCCCAGCAGCCUGUACUACGCCGACCGCAUGACCGAGAAGAUGGGUGGAGCUAAGAUCUGGCUCAAGCGCGAGGACUUGAACCACACUGGCUCGCAUAAGCUUAACAACGCCAUCGGCCAGAUCCUUCUUGCUAAGCGUUUGGGCAAGACGCGCAUCAUCGCUGAGACGGGCGCCGGGCAGCAUGGUGUUGCGACUGCCACGGUCUGCGCCAAGUUCGGCAUGGAGUGCGUCGUCUACAUGGGCGCCGAGGACGUGCGCCGACAGGAAAUGAAUGUUUUCCGCAUCAAGAUGCUGGGAGCUACGGUCAUUCCUGUGACGUCCGGGUCGCAGACGCUCAAGGAUGCCGUCAACGACGCCAUGCGCGAGUGGGUCACGCGUCUCGACACGACGCACUACCUCAUUGGCUCGGCGAUCGGACCGCACCCGUUCCCGACCAUCGUUCGUGACUUCCAGCGCGUGAUCGGCCGCGAGAUCAAGGCCCAGGCCGCUGAGAAGUGGGGCGGGCUCCCGGACGCCGUCGUAGCGUGCGUUGGUGGUGGCUCAAACGCUAUCGGCACGUUCUACGACUUCAUCGAGGACAAGAGCGUGCGCCUUAUCGGUGUCGAGGCCGGUGGCCACGGCAUCGACACCGAGGGUCACUCGGCCACUCUCGUCAAGGGUGUCCCCGGUGUGGUACACGGCGCGGCGUCCUACAUUAUUCAGGAUGUUAUGGGUCAACUCACGCCCACGCACUCGAUCUCGGCUGGUCUCGACUACAACUCCGUCGGUCCUGAGCACGCGUACCUCAAGUCGAUCGGCCGUGCCGAGUACAUUGCGGCCGACGAUGUGCAAUGCCUUACGGCCUUCCGCUGGCUCACGCAGAACGAGGGCAUUAUUCCCGCCCUCGAGUCAAGUCACGCCCUCUGGGGUGGCUUCCAGCUCGCCAAGACCCUGCCCAAGGACAAGAACGUCGUUAUCUGUCUCUCGGGCAAUGGCGCCAAGGACGUCGAGGAGGUCCUCCUCACUCUCAAGAAGAAGGAGUGGGCCGACAAGCUUGACUGGCACGUUGCGGCUUAAGCCUUUGACUGUUGUCUGCGUAAGCCGAGGGAAGAAGCGAGAUCAAAUUGUCAUCUAGCAUCCCCUGCUUAAGCUGGGGAGAAUGCAAUAGUUGUCGAUCUUG